AUGGCCGACGUGCACCCAGUAGAGUCUUCUGCGAAGCUGCAGGUUCCCGCAUUGGAGGCCCAGCACGCGAAGGAGCCAAAGAAACCGAAGGACAAGAAGAAACCUGACGCAUCUGCGUCUGCUCAUCCUUUGGAGCUCAACCCCCCACCCGCGUUCUUCGAUCACCGUAUCAAAAUCUUCGAGCAGCUAAAGACGGAGUACGACGAAUGGGUGAAAUCACAACCACGGCAGACGAUACACAUCACGCUCCCGGAUGGAUCUGAGCGCCAGGGGACAAGCUGGGAAACGUCUCCGAUGGACGUUGCGAAGGAGCUCUCCAAGAGUCUGUCGGAACGCGUCGUGGAUGGCGAGUUGUGGGAUCUAGAAAGGCCGCUGGAGCGUUCAUGCAACUUAGAAUUGCUAGAUUUCGAACAUCCAGAAGGGAAGAAGGUCUUCUGGCACUCGUCCGCGCACGUCCUGGGUGAAGCUGCAGAACGGCACUAUGGCUGCCACCUGUGCCUGGGCCCCCCGACAGAUGAUGGAUUCUUCUACGAAAUGGGCAUUGAGGACCGUCCAGUCGUCCAAGCUGACUAUCCCUGGCUCGAGAAAGUGGCGGAGUCGGCUAUAAAAGAACGACAGAAAUUCGAACGGCUCGUGGUACCCAAGGAGAAACUGCUCGAAAUGUUCAAUUACAAUAAAUAUAAGCAGUAUCUAAUACAGACGAAAAUCCCUGACGGCAGCUCCACGACAGUCUACCGUUGUGGUCCGAUGGUGGAUCUCUGUGUCGGGCCGCACAUCCCACAUACAGGAAGGAUCAAGGCGUUCAUGAUUACCAAGAACUCUUCGUCGUACUUCCUCGGAGACUCGAACAACGACUCGCUACAACGGGUCUACGGGAUAUCUUUCCCGGACAAGAAGCAACUGUCGGAGUACAAGGCAUUCCUUGCGGAAGCCGCCAAGCGCGAUCAUCGUAAGAUAGGCAAGGAGCAAGAACUAUUCUUCUUUAAUGACCUUAGUCCUGGAAGUUGUUUCUGGCUACCGCACGGUACUCGGAUAUACAACACGCUCAUGGAGCUCAUGAGGUCAGAGUACUAUAAGCGGGACUACCAAGAAGUGAUCUCACCAAACAUGUACCACUCGAAGCUCUGGGAGACCUCCGGGCACUGGCAGAACUACAAGGACGACAUGUUCACCCUCGACAUCGAGAAGGAGAAGUGGGCGCUCAAGCCGAUGAACUGCCCGGGUCACUGCCUGAUCUUCGACUCGCGCGACCGCAGCUACAAGGAGCUCCCCAUCCGCAUGGCGGAGUUCGGGAUCAUCCACCGGAACGAGGCGAGCGGCGCGCUGACGGGGCUCACGCGAGUGCGGCGGUUCGUCCAAGACGACACGCAUAUAUUCUGCAUGCCGUCGCAGAUCGAAGACGAGAUUGGGGCGCUGUUCGAUUUCAUGAAGCAUGUCUAUGGGCUGUUUGGCUUCGAGUUCAAGCUAGAGCUGUCCACGCGCCCAGAUAACUACCUGGGCACGAUUGAGACGUGGAAUUUCGCGGAAGAGCAAUUGAAGAAGGCGCUCGACACCUUCUACCCUGGUCAAUGGGAGCUGAACCCUGGAGACGGCGCAUUCUAUGGACCGAAGAUCGACAUCACGAUCAGCGACGCCCUCAAGCGCUCCUUCCAAUGCGCUACCAUACAGCUGGACUUCCAGCUACCUGAGCGCUUCAAUCUGAAGUACCGUAGCGGUGAUGAAGCGCCCAACCCUGACAAGCCGACGAGGCCGGUCAUGAUCCAUCGUGCUAUCCUGGGCAGUCUCGAGCGGUUCAUAGCUAUCAUCACGGAGCACUUCGCCGGGAAAUGGCCGUUCUGGCUCUCACCACGUCAAGUCCUGGUAAUCCCUGUCUCUGUGCCAUACAAAGAGUAUGCAUCCCAAGUGGCGCGGCAUCUGAGUAGUCUUGGGAUCUUUGCGGACGUUGAUAAUGGGGAGAACACCUUACCCAAGAAAAUCCGUAACGGAGAAAUCGCCCAAUACAAUUUCAUCCUGGUUGUCGGCCAAGACGAAUUGGACAACCACUCUGUGAAUGUCCGGAACCGAGAUGACGUGGGUACGAAGGCGAGGAGCGAAACGAUCCCGCUAGACGAGAUCGCGCAGAAACUAGUUGCAUUGAAAGUGUCCAAGAGUCUCCAGAAUAAACUAGUGUAA